AUGGAUCAUUUGUGUGGAACUACUCAAACGUUGGCUGACACGCAGAGGCCUCAAAGUCAGCGGGAAGAAAGCCGUUUUGGUCGAAAGUGCGUCUCGACAAUCGGAAUCGAACAGUGUCGACUUUGGGUACGACCGCAGCGCACCAGUUCACCCCGGCAGAAACAAGAAGAGGCACAAGAGAGACUCGAGGCAAAUACUAAAGACACUGUUCAGCCAGGAGACAAGGUGUAUGUGAAAGUGUUCCGACGCAAGUGGUUCAACGAAAGGCGGCAGGGGCCAUUCGAAGUUGUCCGCUGUACCGGAACUGCAGUGCAAGUACAAGGGUCACCAACUUGGUACCAUUUGACACACUGCGUCAAGGUGCCCAAAGAUGAAGAUCCCCAAAGAGGGAGGCGCGACUGCGAAACUGCAGAACCACUGCCAGAACAAGAAUCGCCAGAGGGCCCGGAUCGGGACAAAGAUGGGCAUGAUCAAGCUGUGGUGGAUAAUGUGUCUGCUGAACCUGUCCCUGAGGACAUCGCGGGCAGCACAGCCGACGACAGAGGAAACCAACAGUUCAACGAUAUCAAUCGUGACGACGCACCCUCCCCAGGCGCAGAUGACGACCCUCAGCACAACAACACUGAGCCAACUACCGCCAGAGGUAGUGCCCCCAGAGAACAACGCCACCCAGCAGGACCCAGCGGCGGACGCCCAGUCCGCCACAGAGUCCGGCCGGAGCGGUACAUUGAGCAAUGUUGAGGGAGUGUUGGGGGGGGCUGCAAUACUGCCAUGCAAUUGCAGAAAGGAAGAAGGGUCCCUGUGCAGGCGCACCGCCGAAUGGGAAGACAACACCGGUAACAUACUUGCCCUGGCCGGGCGAACACAUACGGACAAUGUGCUGUUAUUGAAUACAUAUAGGCGGUUUGAGGUGCUAGGAGAUUGUGCUCUACUUCUGACAAAAAUUGGCAUAGAUGAUUUCGGGUACUAUACGUGUACCUGUCUCAAACGGGGGGCGAGAAAAGCAGACCGCACGGGCGGUCAUAAGACGGUGGACAGCAUUAAUUUCGUGACGUUGAUGGAGAAAAAAGAAAUUGCGAAACAGCAUCCAUACAGCCCCGUCGCGGAAUGUGUCAAAAAGGAAGAAGCAGUCACCAUGAAUAAUGUCGCCUUACCCGUGACGACAAUUGGUGACAGCUUUGAAACACAGUCUGCCGCUUCAGGGGCGCUCAUGUCGGAGAUAGAGGCUGUAGAGCCGACGCCUGACGUUCCAGAAAAUGUCAACGAUGCACUGGCUGAAUCGAACUGGUCCCCGGCAGAGGUGCAAGCCAAUUUGCAUGCCAUGGCGAGACGGGAGGCUGCAUGGAAGGCUUAUGGGUUCGAUGCCUCGGCAUUACCUGGGGUUGAUGAAUGGGCAGGAAGGAACAUGUGGUAUCAGCUGAUGGUGCAUUCGAUUAAAUCGUCUAAGGCGGUGAGUGGGCCGUGUUUAGUAAGAGUGAAAUCACCAAGUACGCUUAAGGCCGUGUUCCAGACCAUACCGGUGCCGGUAUCCGACAAUUGCCAGCUUAGAUUAUUGCUUUGGUUGGUAUACGAACAGUCGUGGAAGGCACCUGAAACCGACGCGCAGGUCAGGAAGAUUUUCAAGCCCACAGGGGAGUGCGCCUGGAUAAGCGAACUUCCCUACUUGGAUCUGCUCGCCGUGCAUGAGGACAUCCAAGUCGCGGUGCCAGAAUCCAUAGAUGUGCCAUCUGUAAAGGUGCCCACCUGUUUUUGCUCUAAUGUGACACAUGGAGGGCCGGGGGUGCCUAUGGGGGUGGCAGACUGCGACUAUUACUCCAUGCAAUUCCCAGGAGAAGCAUGGGGGGAGAGGGGAGCCGUCCAUCCGGUGACCUUUGCUCUACCAGACUCCUAUCAGGCGAUUACUGUGAUGGUGGCGAAUCGCACGGUGCCUGGGAACACGACUGUAGGGGAUCUUAGAGACAUCUGGUGGGUUUGUGGAACUAGAGCUUAUUUGUUUUUGCCGUAUGGAUGGAUGGGUUGCUGCUAUUCUGCCACCCUGAAGCUUCCGUUCGAGGUAUUGGCGAUUAGGAAGGGCCACAAGCCUGAGGAGAAGGCGUUUAGGGAGGUCCCUAGUAGGGCUAAGAGGGAGAUGGCGGCGUUUCAUACUACCGACGCGUACCAUUGGAGAAUUAGCUUGGGAGAAAAAUGGGGCCUUGGGAUUUUUCCCUGGUAUGGGGUCACAUUUUUGGCAGAUCACAUUGAUAACAUCACGUAUACCCUUCAGGGGUUCGCGAAUGAGACGAUCAAGGGUUUCAGACAGUUGUCGCUUACCCAAAAGAGCCAUCGGCUGACUCUGCUUAAACACGACAUGGCUUUGGAUUAUAUCUUGGCAAGGCAAGGGGGGUUGUGCGUAGCCCUAAAUUUGACGGACGACGCUUGCUACACUUUGAUCCCAGAUAACACUGACAACAUCACCAGUAUCAUCGACGCGCUUAGAGUCAUUCGGGAUUCUUUUGGGCCGUCCGAGGGCGCUGGUUGGUCAGCGACGGGCUGGAUUCAGGAUAGACUGGGACCUGUGGGAACGAUAGUGGCGCAGGUGCUGGGGGCACUCGGGAUAUCGCUGUGUGUAAUGUUUUGUUUUUGCACUGUGAUAUUGACUUGCGCAAAGGCCAUGAUAUUACGGUGGAUAGGUGUGGUAAUGCCGAGGGACCAGACCCAGAUGCCGUUACUCCCGUUCGACCGCGAUGCAGAUCUGAAAUGCGCGGAUGGGAUGCUAAUAAAUGAUAGGUACUCAGAUUAAAUUUAACAGAUUGGCGACGUGAGUACAAAGGUAGGGAGGACUGAGAGUAGCGAUUGAAAACACUAAAAAUAAAUAAAGAACCGGGGAUAGGACAGUGAUGAGAGCGGAAAAUCAGGUGUAGGGAACAAGAACACAGCACCAAUGUCUUGGUAUUCCGAUUUUCAAUUUUCUUUUGCUGUGUUGCAUGAUUCCAGUGUGAUGUGGUCCACCGUACAGUGUUGCCCGGCCCUUGACAGACUUUAACACCUUCGUUAUGUCAAAGUUGCAUGUGUGCUUUGUGUUUCGUGCCAUUGCCAUCACUCGAUACUGGCAGAAGUUCUCAUUCGUUGCAGAACCCCUGGAUGUGGACCGGGGCCGUGCAAGGGACUCUAUGGACAGUGAACUGGACAUAAGGACUUUGUAUGGACAGCAGGCCCUGGGCAGGGGUACCUGGCACGACCCACCAUGGGAAGAUUCGGUGGACUGGACUCUGCCUCAGCACGCACUCACACAUGAGAAGGGGGGCUACGUUUCGGGGUUUUGAGUCGAUAAGCUAUUUUGAUACCUCUUUAUCGUAUACCUCGUUGUUUUAUUCCGUUUUUUAUACCUCCUUUUGUUAAAUCAUGGCAUGUUGAUUAGGUGACGAUGCGACUUGACCGUUUGGCAGUCGUUGAACGUGUCAUUUCUUUUUCUUACUGUUCUGUGAGCUCAUACUGUUUUGUGAUGUGUGCCAGGACUCCUUGUUACCUGGCUGACGCCAGGUGGAGGGAAUCACUGGGGUUGUUAGAAAGGGCCUCCCUCUUUUUCCUUGUCAUUAGACAGGCAGGUUUUUCUCUCGAGGGAGGGCAGACAGUUUUUUGGGGUUUCUAACGGACCACGCCAAAUUCAUUACUUCAGGUUGCUGUCAAGGAGCAGUUGGAUACCUAAAGAGUUUGAGCUUUCUUAGACAAUGUAACCUUGCGUAGCAUGUCCUGAGCGUGAUUUAGGCUGCGAAUUUCUAGGCCGUAUUGUAGACGUGACUGUAAAUUUUGGUUGGGUGAAGAUUUUUGGAUGUUUACCGAUGUCAUCUUUCUUUUUCGGACCGUUUUCGGGACAUUUAUAACGUCCCGGAGGGGGGAAUGAGGUAAAUUUUAGAUUCUAGGCGUCGCCGUAUGUCACCUUAAAUGGUGACUUAGCUGCAGUGAGGAGACCAUAAGCUAUUUUGGCUGGCCAGAGAUGCCUCAGUUUCUGCAAGGUAUAGCAACUUAGAAUAUAGAAGGGAGCAGCUGUUGUUAUGCAGGGGAAAGCGUCUUCUACAUCUCCUUCUUAGGACAUUUGGGAGCAACGAGUAGACUAAAAUACGAACAGCAGCUGCACCCCAAGUCAUGACAUCAACGGUUCGGGCAGGUAUAAGAUAGGCUUGUCUGUCAGAGGGGGGAGUUUUUUUGGGGCGAACAUCUGUGCCGUCGAGAGCUGAACGAUCUUUGCUUUUGGGGCCACUCAAACUUUUGGAGAGACAUCACUUUGACAUCGGUUGAAUAAAAUCUUUUCCCAAUCA